AUGCAAUUCAAAUCUGUUGUUAUCGCUUUAAAUGCCGCCUCUGUUGUCUCUGCUUCUGGUGCUGUUGGUGCCGGUUUAUUCGGUGCUGCCGCUGCUGCUGGUCCAUACGAUAACGAUUUAGAUCGGAAACACUUGAAAACCAAAAUGGAGUUUGAUCCACUCUCACUAUUCACCCCUAUUCCAACCAAGGAGUACCCCUUUGAGGCCUCUGAUCUUUUGGAAGGUGCAAGUAAUAGCUUUUUGACGUCCGCAUCAACUAGUCCAUCGGACUUCGAAAUGGAAAGAAUAAGGACCUGUGAAGAAGUUGAUGCUGACCAUUUGAUACCAAUACACGUCCACGAUUUGCCCUUAUUGCAGCUCAAGCCUCCAGCAGAGGUUAUUCUCGUAUUCUUAAAACUAUUGGCUCCAAACGAGGUUUACAAUUUCACAACCCGAUCACAUUCAAGUGAAGAUAAGAAUGUUGAAGAAGAACCAAUUGACCCAUCUCAGGUAUUCAUUGAAAAAAAUGUAACAGUUCAAGAGCUACAGAAUGCAUCGCCUUGGCUUAUUAAGUUCAACCCACGCUUUGACAAUGACUUGAAACUAGCAUCGAUUUCUCUUUUAGGGGCCUCACUUAAACGAACUUAUGAACGAGAGUAUAAUUCAUGGUUAACUAGGAUCGUAUCGAGUGAUUUGGCUUGGGUAGAAGAUGAAACUAUGAAGGCAGAUAUAGUUAAGCAAGCAUCGUUGAGGAUAUCAGAAAAUUGUGGUAGAACUGCCCAACCGGAAAUUAUUAGAAAAAUAGGUAUUCCAAAUCUUCCGUCAAUAAUACCUAAAGAUCAAGAAGAAUAUAUACGGUUAAAGGAACCAUCGUUGACUAGUGAUAAUUUGGGAUUGAAGACUUGGGGGUCUGCACUUAUACUUGCUAAUAAGCUUGUUUUAGGACAAUCACAAAAAAAAUAUUUAUACGGACUGGUAUUGGAGUUAGGAUCAGGAACAGGAUUAGUUGGGAUGGUCAGUACCAUGUUGGGAUUUGAUACUUUGGUGACUGAUCUAAAAGAAAUUACACCAAACUUACAAGAUAACGUUGAUUUAAACGGAUUAUCUGAUAUAAUGAAAGUUGAAGAAUUAGAUUGGUCAAAUCCAAAUAGUUUCUUAGAUAAGUAUGGGGAACUCAAAUUUGAUACAAUUAUUUUAAGUGAUCCAAUCUACUCAUCGAUGCAUCCAUAUUGGGUUGUCGAUAUGAUAAAUCUUUUCUUGAGUGAUAAAAGUGAAGCAAGAGUAUUAUUACAAAUUCCCUUAAGAAGAAAUUUUGAAGAUGAAAGAAGCUUACUUUGGAAAUUAAUGAGUGAAAGUAAUUACUUAGUGGAAGAAGAAAAUAUUGAAAAGGAAAUUUGUUAA